CCAUACACGUGAAUACCUCGAUCACAUUGUUUUCGUCAAACCACUGAUUUUCAAUGUCAUCGCACAUCCACGGCUAAUUGAGCAUGCAUGUAUGUAUCCGUCCAUAAAGCCAAUGUUUGCCAUCCACUCCCUUAUAGAACGGGCACGCUCCAUUGUGUCCCAACUCCUUCCCGUUAGUCCCUAAAAUGGGUGAAGUGUGUGAGUGUACUACUAAUUUGCAAUGUAGAAUGAACAUAGUGUUGGUUAUAUCGGUGCGCGGGCGGUGCGUCACUGGCCGGCCGGCUACAUCGCUCCGGCCCUCGCGUGGCCGAGCUCACUCGUGAUCACGUCCCCGCGUAAAAAUAAAGUCCACAGCGCGCCGCUCGCUCGCGUACUUCCACCCAUUUAUAAUUAUCAGUAAAUCGCGGCGCGAGCAGACGACUGCCACGGCCGGCGACCGCUCGCCGAAAACAUACGCCAGACUAACAAAAACCCGCUGUGUGACACGCUAGUUCCCUUAGCCCGAGCCCUCACGACCGAACUGAAAUCCUACACACUAAAACGAAACGAUCCCAUCAAACGUGGGCUGCGCGUCAGAAACCGGCGUCUGAUCAUUGCGACGCGCCAACUCGCGCUUCAAUGGACACCAUGCGAUAACGAAUACUGCUUGUAGAUAGUGAUAGUGAUAACAGUGCGGUAAAUAUAACAUUUUAAAAUGCCAGAUAAACAAAAGCGGCGUAAGACUAAUAAGAAUAAACGCAAAAAUAAAAACAACAACUGGUGCAAAAACAAUAAAAAUAGUGAUGGUGUAAAAAGUGAAGUUGAAAAUGAAAAGUGUAAUGAAGUAACUGCUGAAGCAAGUGUCAGUGAACUCAAGGAAAAUGUUAUAGAAAAACCAUCUGAAAAUAAAAGUAGUGAUACUGCAGACGUUUGUGUCGUGGAUGAGUUUCAUAUUGGUGUUGUAAACAAUGUGGAAAAUUCUGUCUCUAAAUGUGACAAUAAUACUGAGAACACAUCCAAAGAAAGUUUUAUAAAUGAAGAAUCUUUGAGUGACGCUUCAAUAUCAACUUCAGGCACAAAUGCAAAAAAAUGUAACCUGGAUGUUAACUCAAUAACCCUCUCUAAAAGUAAUAACAGCAGCACAAAAGAACUCCAAGAAAUUUUAGCAAACGUACCUGAUAAUCCAUCACCAGAACAAAGCUAUGUAGUAGAAUCUCCAGAUCAAACACUAGCAUGUAAAAAUAAACAUAAAAUCAAAAUACAAAGCAAAAGUCUUGACAAUGACGAUGAACCAAAAAUUAUAGAAAUCACUGACGAUGAAGUUGCACAAUCUGGAGAUGAAAAUUCUGUCGCGAUAAGUACAAGUGAUGUUGUUGUAACGGAUAUUGAAUGGGAGACCACUAAAAAUCUCCAGACAACCACAGAACCAGUAUUGCGAGACGUAUCUUCUGGUAAAUUGAGCCUUACUUGUCCUCCCAUAUUGACUGCCCAAUGUCAACAAUCUUCAUCUCUAACACCAGAAGAAGAAUUAUCAUUACGUGCAUACUUAGACACAUUAAAUCUCGCAACUCAUCCACCAAAUUCUGCUGAAAUAAAAGCUGAAAUUGAAGAAAUAAUAAAACGAGAAGUGAGACAAAGACUUAGAAAAAAGGCUCACACUGAUGAUAUUAUAAGUCCUAGGCUGGGCCCACCAAGACAGUUAGAUGUUAUCGCUGAAGAAGGUAGCGGUGAAUCUUCACUAGCUUCUCGAAGGCAGUCCUAUCUUAGUGAAAUUAAAAGUGACAUUGAUGAUUUAGAUGACGACGUAUUUUUAGAUAAUAAACCAAAGAGAAAAGAUGAUUGCAUGCCACCAAGACCAAGAAAAAUCAAUAACAAACCGGCCCUUAGACAAAUUCCACAAAAAUGUGUUUUGGUUGAUACUCAGAUUAAAGAACCAGAAUUAACAGAGGCACGAGGUGAUUGGUCUGUACAAACGGUUGAAAAAAUUGAAGGGGCUGAAGUGGUUUACCUCACAGACUCAUCCAGUAGUACUAGUUCUGUUAAUGAUAUUGGCGAAGAAGAUGUUGAGGAUUUAGACUCGGACAUUUCUGUACGAAUGAUGACUCCAACAAUUGAAGUUACAGAUACAGAGAAACUUCUUAAGAAAACUUUCAUUAAACAAGAUUCAGAAGAAGCGAACGACUCUUCUGCACACGUCAAUGAUAAUAAAUCUGAUAAAACUACAUCUAGUAAUGAUUUUAUAGAAGAAAACGUACCUCAAAACUUUAAUGAAAUCAUUGUUUUAACAACAGAUAAUAUUCAAACAUCUCUUUAUGUUAAGGAACUUACUGAUGUAAAUAAUUGUAAUGAUAAAAACCUCGAAUCAUGUGACCGAAACCAUCAAAGUGUUACAGAUAACUAUGACUUGGAAAUGAAAGUUUUGAAAUGUGAAUUAAAUGAUGCGAUAAAUAAUUUAAUUAAAGAAGUGGUUUCAGACUCUGAAAAUACAAAUGAAAGAGAACCAUUAAACCGACAAGAUUCUUCUAGUAGUAUUGGGUCAUCCCAAUGUACUGCUAAAUAUAACCCGAGCUCAUCAUCCCUUAAUGAUGUUUCUAACAUUUUGCAUGAUGACCUUCAUGAUACGAAUAAACCAAGCAACACACACAUACUAUCUAGUCGUGUUUCAAGUCACGUGAAAGAUGUUUUUGAAUGUGUUACAGGGACGCUUCCAUCAUCUCAAGACAAUAACGAAAAGGAUAAAAGUAUUUAUCAACCCUUGCUAUUGCGAGAUAUAUGCGUAAAAAGAAUAAGUAGUCUACCGUACGGUGAAAAAAUAUUGGAAGAAUUAGCAUCUGUAUCAAAGAAAUUACAAAGCUACGGGGUGCUAGGUUCAAACAUUGCUACAUCUUUCGAAGAAAAAGAGACUGUUGAAACAAAACCAUAUCUCGGAUCUCAUAAUAAUAAACCAGAAAAAACAAACAAUAUGCCGUACUAUCCAUUACCAGACGUAUCUUCUAUAGAAAAGGUAUCAUUGCCUACCAAUCAGAAAUCUCCCAUGCCACCGCCUGUACGACCAAGAAAAUCAUCUCUUAAUAAGGCCCAUGAUGACUCUCAUUGGACUGGCCUACCGACCCAACAAGAACCAGUUUAUAUGUGCCUGUCACCAUCACAAAAGAUGUUAAUGGAAAAAACAAACACGGUUAUAUCCAAAGAGGAUGCCACACAACUUAUAGAUAUGCAUAAGAAAUAUGUCGAUCGAAGAGGUUACGGUGAUAAAGGCAAGAAUAAUGAGAAAGAAACUUCUAAUAAUCCGCCAGCUAUACCGUUCAAAUCCCAGACAGGAAGUCGUCUAUUAGCUAUUAUUCGGGAUCCCGCUGUAACAAACAACAUCAAUUCGUCAAUAAAUAAACACCUCAAUAAAAGCUUAGAUCAGCUUCAACGAGAAUCAACGUUUAAAAAAAGUUUUGAGCAUUUUAACACGCCUAAAGAAACUCCUCCCUUUAAACCGAUACCACCUCCUAGACCACGGAAAUCUACAAUUUAUGAAAGUGAUGAAAGUUCUGAUUUUACUGAUAGUUCAUUAUUUUCUAUGAAAAGUGAGAAGAAAUAUUUCCAUUAUUCUACGGGAGCUCUGAAUGAAGAGAUCGAGAAUGAUGUAUCGUCUAUACAAGAUAUGCAUAGACGUUAUACAAAUAUUCGUGAUAAUGGAGUUAAACAGAGUUCAGUGCGUAGACCAUCAUUACCGAAAGAUUUGUGUGAACAACAAAUGGAGUACAUAAGGCAGAAAGAAAAAGAGGUUGAAGCAGAAAUAAAACGCUUAGAAGAAAUGAAAUUAAACAUGACUGAUCAUGAUAAUUCAAACCAAAAAUCCAAUUCACCUAUUAAUCAAGAAAACAAAUGCAAUACCAAACAUUUAUUUGAAUCAAACCAGUACACUAUAUCUCGUAAUAACGAUUUUGCUGUUCAACAAAGCAAAAAGUCCCCAGAAAAGAGCGAAAAAGCGAAAGUUUCUUCCGUAUUUAGUAAUAGUCAGGAAGAAAUUAUGCGAGAAAAAAUGUACUCUGAAUAUAUGAGUCAAAUGGCUGAGCGACAACAAAGAAAGGAAAAGAAAGUUAUUAAAAUUACUAAUAACUCCACCACAAAACAUGCACAAUCCAAAACAACCACUAUAUCCAAAAGCAUGUCAGCUCUAGACAUGUUAGAAUCGAAAACAAACAAUCCUAUCGAGAAAGAAUUCAUUUGGAAAGCAAGGGAAAGGUGGGACAAGUUAGGAAUUAAGGAUCCUGAAACAGAAGACGAACGAGAUAAUAAUAAAGAUGUUUACAAGGAGCCAGAAGUGAUAAAGAAUAAAAUAAAAGUGAUUCAAGGUGACCAGGAGACUGAUGUGCAGAAGUUGCCGAGUCAUUUGCAGGAGUUUGUGCAACUAACAGCCAAGAACAAGGAGAAAAGUACAGACAGUCCGGAGACGGUGAUGAUCGGACCCUCGUUCAAGGCGCGCUCCACGUCGCCAGCGGUGUGGAGGCCGGGGUCGACGCCCCCGCCGGCGCCGGCGCCGCGCGUGAGCCCCGGCGCGCCCCCGCCGCCGCCGCCCCCCGUGUGGACGCCCCCGACGUCCCCGCACGCCCCCCGCAAGGCUUUCCGCCCCGUGCACUUCGACGACUCGCCGCCCGCCCGCCGUAAACAAGAAGUGCAAACCUCGGAGCAGAACGGAGCGUCCUCAGACACGGAGGGCCGGCUGCGCACGUCGCACAGCGCGCCCGCCGCCGGGCUCAGCUCGCUCGGCACCCGCCUGCCCAGGGCGCAGAACCCCACUGUCACCCUGCUGCAGAAGGCUAGAGAAGGCCAGCUGCCGCGCGGCUCGAGCUACCUGCAGCAGCAGGAGCGGGACGCGGCGCGCCUGCCGCGGGACCGCGUCGAGGCUCCCCGGGGAGACCCAGUGCACGCUCUACGUCGCGAGUACGCGAGCGAGGGUGAAGCGGAGCGGGGCGGAGCGGAGCGGGGCGAGGCGCGCAACAUGGCCGCCGAGCCGCACCGCAAGAUCGACGGCGUCGGACCCACUACUAAGGACGGGAUGCCUGUCACGCUUAGAUCUGAGGUGAAAGACCCUUCGAAGUGGUACAAGAAGAUGUAUGACACGAUUCACAAAAGCAAAUACGAUGACGAUUAUGUGACUAUUCGGUACAAAAAUAGAAGAGGUCAAACCCCCCAACGCGUCCCAAGCAACAAGUCCCAGUACGCGUACUUCGACCCUCGCUCGGGCUACCUGAGCGAGCCGGAGGGCGGCAUGAGUCGCCAGGGCUAUUCUUCGUGGAGCGACGCGUGCGACAGCGACGCUCCCGGCCCGCGGCGCCGCACCGCGUCCGUCCAGGAUGACCGGGCCAAUGAUAAUGUCAGCUCGCCGUACCUGCCUAGUAAUAAGUACAGUACCUUAGCCUCGGCCCGCGCUAGUCAAGAAGUUUACAAAAACCAGCCCGGCAGAAUAGAGAACUACGUACCUGGAAAAUCUUCUGUCGUCGAAAAAGAAGCCAAACAGUGGUGGGACGAAGUCAUGGAUAUUUUCGAUGGGUGGCUCGAUGAGAACUCCCCCCUGCCCCCCUAUAGCACCUUGCUGGCCCGCGCCAUACAGAAGAAUCAUCUAUCAAGCACUACCUCACUGCCACAAGCGUCUCCCAAAGAAAAGAAGGACAUUACCUCCGCUAUACUGUCCAAGUCGAAUAUGGCUCGAGCACUCAAAGAAUCCGGCUACGAGUCCGACUCAACCCUCAUCUUCCGUCGCCGUGACGAAGCAGACGGCCCGCUGUCCCCGGCGGAGCGGCGCGCCGCGUACAAGGACCUGCAGGCGGGGGGCGAGCCCCCCAUGCGGGGGUUCCGCUCCCCCGCGCCGCCGCGGCAAGACGACGACACAGAAAUAGAAUACAUUCCGAUAUCGCCGACUCUCACCAAGAUACGGAUACACAAGAAAACGCCAAAGAUACACGAGGUGGUAUGUUAUCCCAUCACGAGUGUGGAGACAGAUGAACACAUAAGCUUCAGGAAGCAAGCGCCUUCAUUUAUAAGUGUUAAUGUGCCGACAAGAACUACAGAGUAUCCACCGGCCCCGCCUCGAAGAGUUUCCUCUAAGAAUAAUAGAACUCUAAAGUUAGUCGACUCUACCAGAACGCGAUCAGCUUCUCCCAAAACUCAGACGGGCCCAAAAGUUCAGUCAAAUGUGGAGUUUUUGAAGGACAAGAUUAGUCAUAAACUUACUCGUCAAAACACACACAUAAUAAACAAAAAAGAUUCGAUUUUGGCCAAUAGAGGUUCCGCUGAUAAAUUGAAAGCCCGACAGAUGUCCACAUCAGCUCCUCCAGCUGUGAACAGGAAGUCGGUGUCGAUAAAUGCAACAAGGCCGACAACUAAAAGUAUGAUAUCCAACUCGAAGCAAUCUGGAACCAGCAGUUUUAGUUCUCCUAGAAGAACGUUAUUGCCUACAGAGUAUACAAAUACAUGUCAAACCAAAUACUAUAGUCAGCCGUCAACAUCAGUUGUCAUAGAAGGCGGUGCUGGAAGGCGAACGCCAAUAUCUAACAUUUUAGACCGAGUCACUUCAUUGGAUAAGCUGUGGAGUGCAGAUAAACGAAAUGAACCUCUGGACAAAGCCAAAGCAAAGGCAUCUGUAACGAAGUCAACAGCGAAUUCAAGGACCAUUGGACCAAAAGUAAUUACGAAAAAUGUUGCUAAGCCUUUAUCGCCAAGCUCACUAAACAGAGGAAGAGAUAUGAUUCGCACAGCGGAAAAAUUACAAAAGCUUAAAACCAAUCACGCAAAGUCUACACCUUGUUUGGUACCAAAAAAUGAUUCGAAGUCAACCUUAAGACACGCCCCAACACUAUCAAAUAUUUCCAAGUCGUCGUCCAAUAUAGCUAUAUCUCCUAAAAAAACAAAUCAAAUAAAAUCAGCUGUUGUUACCAGCUUAAAAAAGAAAAAGUCAUUAGAAAAUGUUGCUUUAAGACCUAGAAGUAAUCCAUGUCAUGCAUCGUGUAGUAAAAAACAAAAAGAAGAACCUAAAAAGACGAAGGCUAAAGAGGAUAAAAAGCCUAAUUGUAAGUCGAGUAACGACUCUGAAGCAGGGAGUCAAUUUGGUGACGCAUAUGAAAUAUCUAAUUUUGGAUCAAUAGAAGAUCAUUUAGACAGAAAAAGAAUAUCAUCUAAAGAAAUAAAAGAAACUCGAGACGCAGUAAUAUCGAACUCGUUUUUUCAGCACCUAUUUUUAGGAAACACAAACGUACCAGUUAUUGCGUAUCCAAUGCUAGAGCCAAACACCAGUGUUCUACAAAAAGCAAGGAUGUUCCAAUCAUACCCACAAGAUUACGUAGCUCCGAAAUCGAUAAAUAGUUACCUGGUCCACCGUAAACCUGUUUCUUUAUCAAGAUUCAAAUUGACGGAUCAUUAUAACAGUCCAGAAAGAGCUAAAAGUCCAAGGUCCAUCUCUUGGCCCGGAAGGAUGCACGAUGAUAUCCGGAAAUUUGAUAGUUUAUCUAAAUGUGACUUCGGAUCAACUUCAUCACAUGCAACGGAACGAAGUAGGAGUGAACCUCCAAAACUAUAUUUUUCACAGACCUCACGACCUAAGUCGCCAACAGUCGUAUUUUGUAGAAGGGAAAAAUCUAAUCCGUUUGCAUGCAAAAUAUCAAGGUCUCCUCCCAAAAUUAUAUUUACGCAAACUUCGCGUCCUGUGUCACCAAAAAUUGUAAGAAAAACAUUCGAGUCCCAACCUCCCAGUAGAAAUCAUUCAAUUUCACCAACACGAAUAGUAUUUACAGAAACAGUGCGACCUAUAUCACCGACUAUAAAAAGGCGAACUCCGCCAAAAAAUAUAAAUACACAAAAAGAACAGGAAAGAGAUAAACUUCACUCUACAUUAUAUUUCUCACAGACCUCUAGGCCUGUAUCACCGAAAGUACCGAAGAAGUCUGGAACACUUAGUAGAAGCCAGUCUACUUCACCAGUGUCAAUAAGAUCACCUUCAUAUCGACGCAUACAUAGUGCUCGCUUGCAACAUUCUAAAAGUUUUACAGACAACGCACCAAAAAAGAUAUUCAGAACUAGAAGUGCUGACGAUGCUGAUAAGUCUUCCGUGAAAAACAAACCUCUAAAAAAAACUACAAGUGAUCAAAACUUUCAAAUAGAUGAUCCCGAUUAUGACGAGUAUAUACGUGACAUGGAAAAUGAGAAAAUUAGAUCCGAUAGAUUUCGGGAACUUAACCGAUAUUAUUCGUACUUAGAGAGAGUAGGUGAGUUAGAACGUGCGACUUCCACUUCUGAUUUGAGGCAUAGAAAGAAGGAUGAAGAAAUCAUUGAUUUCGAUAGAUGGAAAAGAAUAAGGGCCAUUGAAAGAGCUGAAGAAGAGCUAAAUAAUUUAUAUUUCAAAUUAAAAUCAGCACAAAACGAAAAUGAUGUACUAUUUUAUCCUAGAGACUUGAAGGACUUUCGAUGGAAUUUUGAUAAAGAUCGUGGUCUGAGAAUAAAGGAAAAGUCAGUUGAGGAUCUUAAAGACCAUUUCCAACAAAUCCCUUACUAUGACACAUCUUUAGAACCAGAUCAGCCAUUAUCUAAAGAUACUUACAAACCUCUAUGGAGAGGAACCAGUGUUGCUGAAACAGCAUUCAUCAUUAAUCGUAAAAAUGACCACACAGAUAAACGUGAAUCAAAUAUACAUUCAUUAAAAACAUCUUUUAUAGAACAUGACACUCCAAUAUGUGAAAUCCGAAAGAAAAUUGGAAUAGGAAAUCGCUUGUGGAGUAGUUUGUCCAUGGAACAAGUUAACGCUCUGAAAAACCAGUUAAAUGCUAUUUACAGUAAAGAGCUUGAAUCUAAAUCAAAUAAAGAAUUUCAUAAAUACUGUGUGGAAGUUAAGGAUUCAAAGAGUGUGGGUAAAUCUCAGCUCCAUGUAAGGAGUAACUCAUUGGUGACAUCUUCCCUGCCACCAGUGCCUACACCAGAAAUGAGCAAGUCCGAAUCCAUCGCGGCCAUAUCAUGUCCCACGUCUGUUAAAGACUUAAAAAAUAGUGCCAACAAAAUACAGAUGACCUUAAGUGAAAACGAAAAAAGGAAAAUAUCCCAAACGCUCAGUAAAGAAGUGCUGAAUCGAAUCAAGAAAUUUGAUGAUUCACCACCCCCAUUACCAUUGAAACAAGAAUUAGAGGAGGUUGAAAAAAGUGAAGAGCGGUCGAGGGAGCAAAAAGUAAUUUCUCCGACUUUACUGUUAAAUCCUAUCUCGGUAACUCCAGAUGUUAUAUGUAAUGAGAGAAAAAAGGUUUCAUCACCAAUAGAGAAGUCUGAAAUAAUCCAUCCCUCCUCAGCCAGCGAAACGGAAACAGCUAGCUCUGAAACUUCAAAUAAAACAGUAAUUUACAGGUCUCCAAGUAAAGUGGUCCAAGAAAAGGUGGAAUAUUUCGAAUCUGUUCGAAAUUUAUCGCAACAACCAAACACAGUCGUUUAUCACGCAAGGGAAAAUUCUGAUGAAAAAAGUAAUCAAGGCAGUGAAAAAUCUAUGUCAUCAUUACCUAUGCCCGAAGAAAUAAAGGAGAGAGAAAAGGAGCAACCAAAUAAAGGAGCUAUGGUGCAAUCUCAAUCCUGUGCGAAUUUCAAGGAGCUAUUUGGCGAAAGUGAAAAAAAUAAGUUUUUAUCGCUACCCUCAAAACCUGAAAGGCAUUAUUCGAGAUCGCCGUCGCCUCGAUCGGAAGUAAACUUCAGCAAUCGACGUGCGGCAGACACGCAAUGCUACUCGAGCUCGGAGAGUAUCUGGCGGAGUCGCAGUCCGUCCCCCGCGGCGGGGCGGCACUGGCGCGCCUACCUGCAGCGGGCGCGCGCCGGCCAGGUGCGCCGCCUCGCCUCGCGCUUCGACUCGCCCGCGCCUCACUCGCUGCGGCGACAUACCAGCGAUCCCGAGAUCACACGCAAUCACGUGCUCAGUAACUGGGCAUCCUUCGAAGCAUUAAACUCGAGGUCGAGACAAAGGACUAUGCUGCCGGUGGCGCGCGUUCCCCUCCGCCCGGGCAACCGGUUCAUGCCCCACAUCGACAUCAUCUCGAAGCUAGCAGCCCUCCGCCGCCGCACCGCGCCGCGGUCGCGCUCGGCCGAGGAAGCACUAGAAUGUCCCCGCGGGGAAGUCGAAAAGAUACGACGCCGAUUCGAGGUGAUGUCCCUUCUUGGCCAAAUAUACACGUCCGCUCCUGACGUGAGUGAGCUGCAGGACAUCGCUUACUUGUCGGGCCCAUGGAUCGCGCAUCGUUACCCGAAGAAAAGUGAUAACAAUAAGUCUAUUGAGGAUCCAUCGUCGCUGAUUUGCGGGCGGACGUCGCCGGUGCGGAAGGUGGUGAAGAAGGCAUGUGCUAAGGAGCCGGUGAGGCUGAGUUCGAUACUGAAGAGCGACGCGUUCGCGACGCAGGAGUUCGACCCGUCGCUGCACCGGCCGGCGCGGCGCUACGAGCCGGCCCGCGCGCCGCCGCGCCCGCCGCCCGCCGCCUGGUCCACGCGCCUCGCGCCCCUCGUCGCCUCCUCCAGAGAACCCCGACACACCGUCACAUUUCAAGACGCCGACUCAGCCCCCGAACCGCCGCACCGAGUAUCCAAUGGAACGAGCUCUGAUACAGAGUCCCCGCGCCGCUACGUAGAAGGCGACGUGAACAUCCACUACCGCUGCCCGGUGCGGCGCGCGCCGCUGCCGCUGGUGCCCGAGCGGGAGCUGGCGAGGCAGCAGGCGGACCACAUGAAGAGACUGUACCGGGAGCAGCGCCGCGCCAAGUAUCUGCAGGAUUUGGAGAUAAAUCCGUCAGACAUAGAUGCCUUUGAUGCAUCGAUAAAGGAGCUUCAAGACAUGCAGAACAGGCGGCACCAGGACAACUUCACGCCUGCGCAGAAGAACAUCCUGCCGCUGAACAGAUACGACGAGGCGGACCGCACCGCCGCGCGCGCGCUCUACGCCUUCAACGGACAGACUCCGAGGGAACUCAGCUUCAAGAAGGGAGACUUCAUCAAUGUGAGGCGGCAGAUCGAUUCGAAUUGGUACGAGGGAGAGCUGCACGGGAGGAUUGGAUUGUUCCCUUACAAUUAUGUGGAGAUCCUAAAAGGCGACGUAGCGCAAUCGGCCAAGAAGCCACCAGCACUAGAAGGCAAGGCGCGCGCCAAGUUCGACUUCACGGCUCAGACCAGCCUGGAGCUGCCUCUGAAGAAGGGCGAGGUGGUGGUGCUGACGAGGAGGAUAGACCACAACUGGUGGGAGGGGCGGACGGGCAACAAGACUGGCAUCUUCCCGGACAGCUAUGUGCAAGUGCUGCAGGAGCCCAGUCAGAAUAAACCUGACCCGCAACUAAACUCGGACAAGCCGCUGGCCUCGCCGGCGUCCCACGGGCAGGUGGCGGGCGCGGCGCGGCGCAGCAUGGGCCCGCACAGUUACACGCCUCAGCUGAACAGCCCCGCGCUAGCCAACGCACCUCCCGCCACGCAGCCGCUACCAGGCUACACGGCGCGGCCGGCGCAGUCCGCGCUGACCCCGUCGGACCGCGGCUACGGCCCGCCGCCUGGCGUCGACCUCAACAACACCGAACCCCUCUAUGUGGAUACUAAUGCCGAGGCUGUGCCAUACCGCGCAAUGUACAAGUACCGCCCUCAAAACCCGGACGAGUUAGAGCUUCGCGAGGGCGACACGGUGUACGUGCUGGAGCAGUGCGACGACGGCUGGUACGUGGGCUCCAGCCAGCGCAGCGGCCGGCUCGGCACCUUCCCCGGAAACUACGUGGAACGCAUCUGAUAGCGCUCGCCGUCGCUGCUGCGGCGACUGCGGCUGCCGUCACUCUGCGCCGCGCGACGCAAGCGCUGACGACUGUGCCCCUUAACCGCAUCGACACAAGGAUUACUAUCCCGUGACACGUGUAGGACUAGUUAAUGUGUUUGCAUGUAAAAAGUACACAAGGAUCGCAGUUAUAGAGGACUAUUUAUAAAUGUGCCCAAAACACAGGAAUUUAAUCAAUGCCUACGACUUUACAGUCAAAUUGUAGAUUGUAAAUUUAAAUAUGGGCUUUUGUACUCUGUGUUUACUGACUCGUGUUUGCCCUUGAAUUCUAAUAAAGAAACGUUACCAAAGCACUAGGAAGAAAUGUUAUUCUCUCUAUCUUUGUUUAGAAUCUCACCCUAACUACAUUGACAUUAGUGACUAACAUUCUAUGGCAAAUGUGUAAGAUGUUUGAGAAAUUACCGGUGUUCAUAUCAUAGAUACCUACAUAGUCGAUCCAAAGUUGCUUUAAGCGUCCCAAAGAAUAUCUUUAUAGAAUACGGUGUUGUAUAAUCAUGUAAAAAUAUUAAAAAUACUUAUAUAUCUGUAAAGUUGUUUAGUUUAGUUAUUUAUUUAUACUAGGAGUGAUGUUUUGGGCUCGAUCUUUUAAAGUUACAUUUAAAAGAUUGCAGCUGAGCACGAGAGUAUUACUAAUACAUGUUACUAAUAUAUUAGUAGAAAACUAUCGGGUUUUAUAUCGGCAAAAGUCAAACUUUGAAAUCUGAUUUCUGAGAAAUAUAUUAUAAACUAUACACCACCUGAUAUAUUAAGACAAAGUUUAGACAUUUUGUGCUACUCAAUAUAAUAAAUGAAUAUAUGUAAAAUUCCAUUGGAUGGAGUAAUGAAUUACCAUUUUAUACAUAAGUAUCUGCAGAAAUAUCUUCUUUACUGAAAUAUUCAGAGGAAAUGAAAUAUGCAUGAAAUUAACUUGCUAACCUAAUGUACGGUACGAUCACAAUAUAAUAUUUUAAAUGUAUUGAUGUCCCGCUUUUCCUCUAUGAUACCGACAUGUGUCAGAGAGGAACAGGGUAUUAAACUACUUCUAAAACUGUGUAGCUAUAUAGUAGGGCGAGUAUAAAAGUAAGUCGGCUUAAAGAAAAUUGACAAUACAUACUAGGUAUAUUAUAAUUGGCUAAUUUAGCGUAUUCUAAGAUGAUGUAAUAAAUAAAUAAUCAUCAAUGUUGUUAUUGAGGGAAGAUUUCAUAUUUCAGUAAGAUGUUAUUAUGGCUUACAUACUAAUUUACUCCUAUAAAUAAAUUAUAAACUUUAGGUACCUCCCAACCAACUUAAAAAUCAUUGCAUACCUAGUCAAGAAUCUGAAAAACAGAUGAUAAAAGAACCAUAGUCCUUAUACGAUUUAUUAGUCACGAUUCUAAUGUCCUAAGAAUCUGAGAUGAAUUUAAUGCGAGCUAUCCGCUUUUCCAUAGCCUACCUAAUAUCAUAACUGUGUGUCUAACUUCAAUGUCUACAAUAUGCCUAUCAAUUUAAGUAAGUAAGUACUUGUUAUGAAGAUUUUUAUACGACGUUUGUAACUUUUUAUGUCAAUUCCAUUUAACAUCUUCUCGCCCUAUGUAUGAUUUGAAAUGUAUUCUACCCUACAGUUACAUUGCCCUACCUUAAGCUUUUCAUACAAAUUAACCUAUUGUUGUAAUUUUGUUCAUUUAUUUUGUAAAGCACAAAUGUUUUUUAUUAUAUUAUUUUUUUAUUGUUGACACUUUAAAAUCGAUAUAACAUCUUAACUACCUACCUACUAUUGUUCAAAAUCAUCACAAAUAAUAAAAUAAUCUUUAUUUAAUAA